AUGCAUGUUGGUGAUGAGAAGGUACACGAUUCCGAAGCCGAGGACAUUGAAGAGACAGAAGAUGUGAUGCUUGAAGCGUCACCUCUCUUUAAAGGUCUUACAUUGAAACCAGUGCAGCAAGUUGUCAAGCUGACAUCCAAAACAACACUGGAGAUUCAAGACCUGUACCGUGACUGUCAGCCCGAGAUCACCGAGGAAACGCACGACAGAAAAGGAAGGAAGAGGAAGAUCAGUUACCUCGAUAGUAUCGUUCUCUUGUUGGCGCUCUACACAACUGCGUCCAAGAUCCAAGUACUGGCAAGCAUGGUCACUGGAUGGUCGGCCUCAACAGUCCACGACUCAAUCUGCAUCGCCCGGAAGCUGGUGUUCAAUAUGUUCAAGCGCCGCGAGAGUGACGAAGUCAACAUACCUCGACCAAUGACAUCUUUAGCCGACAAUCCCAAUGACAUCGGUCUGAUCCAGUGUUUGAGACCGAGUUCGGAUAUCCGACUAACCGAGACCGAAUAA